CGGCGGGGNNNGAGGCAUGCCGGGGGCGGCGGGGCGGUAGCGGCGGCGCCGAGUCUGUACCGGGGCGGCGGGAGCGGCGAUGCGGCUGCUCGGCGCCUUCCUGCGGCUGCUGGUGGCCGGGACGCUGGGGGCACCGCCCGCCCCGGCCCCGGAGGAGCGGGGGACCGCCAGCACGGAGUCUCCCGUCCUUACCUUUCGGGAGAUCUGGAAUCGUAGUUUCUGCCGGCCUCUGGAGCAGCUGGUGGACGUCAUUACCGAAUUCCCCAACGAGGUGGAGUACAUUUUCAGACCCUCGUGCGUCUCCCUGCAGCGCUGUGGAGGCUGUUGCGGGGACGAGGGUCUCCGCUGCGUCCCCGUGGAGACCAGCACGGUCACCAUGCAGCUCCUGAAGAUAAAGCCAAAUGGGGAGGCGCCCUAUGUGGAGAUGGCGUUCACCGAGCACAAGCGGUGCGAGUGCAGGCCCCGGCAGGACCUGAUGAGGCUGGGAAGCCCUUCUUGUGGUACUUUCCUUCUGAAGGAGGAGGUCCAAGGGCCGAGGUAAGAGAAGACAAGACAAGAAGGGACGGAAAGACUGUGAACUCACAGGCUGGACUCAUUGUGGGCACUUUUGAGGUGUGACACCUGUGGCUAACAGUUUGCUCCAGCAUUUUCCCCUUUUGUCUGAAGUCUGCUGUUGGGGGCUCAGCCGGUGCCAGCCCCACCACCCUCACUCCUCCCCAUGAAGAGGCUGCCUGCAGGCCCUACCCCUGCAGUUGUGUGUCACAGGGGCCAGGCACAAAGAAGGGGAUGCAGGGCAGAGAGGUGAGCCUCCCGUGCUGGCAGUGCUCACCCUGUGCCAUGCUCUCUUUGCAGAUGUGGCACACCGCGCAGGUAGCCUCUGCCCUGCCCCCAGCCUCGCUCCUGCCACCUGGGUUGGAGCCAGCUGCCUUUGUCCCCAGAAUGGGACACUUGUGGAGUCAUGUCCCUCCAGCUGCAGCGGAGAGCAGGACUCCAGCACAGAAGAGCUGACUGUUACUCUUGCUUGGCCCUGGUGGGAACACGGCCUGGCACCAAGGACUCCCUUGCCCCAUCUGCCCCACUGGCAGCAAGAAAAAAGGACUUGUGACCAAGCCUGGGGCUGAAGAUGAGGAGCUCAAGCAGUUUGUUGGUGUUUGAGGACAUUCUAGGGGCAAUGAGGAGCCAUGUGCUGCUGGAACUGGCUGGGGAGGACAGCAUGAUGUGGAGAUGGCUCACAGGACUGCACCUGCAAAACUUCUCUGUCCUGCCAGCACUCUGCAGCUGGGGAGGAAGGAAAUCUGGGGCAGGCAAGGCUGUAGGGCUGCAUCCGUCCCAAUUUUGGCACAGGGCAGCCCAGGCAGGUGCCAGGGAUCUUGCCUGGGAAGCUGUUCUGCUUGGGAACAGAAGGGAGCUGGGCUCCUCAUGUAUUCACAGCUACAUCUCAGCUUUGCCCUGCUCAAUAAAAGCUGGUCAGACAUGG